GAUGCGAACCUUCAUAUUCACCGUUGCACUGGCCAUGGCCAUGGCCAUGGUCACGUCUCAUGCGUUUCCCAUGGCCGCCGUGGACGGGGACAAGCACGCGCCACCGUGGUUCGGAAGCUACAACCCUUUCCGCGACCGACACCGGCCGAGAGGGUUCAAGACGUGCGACGAGGUGCCGGGGAUGUGCCGUGGGGCGUGGGGAAGCCCCGGGCCGGACUGCUGUGGGAGGCUGUGCGUGAACCUGAGAACGGACUUCUUCAACUGCGGGCGGUGCGGGAGGCGGUGCCGGUUCGGGGAGAUGUGCUGCGGCGGCGGGUGCGUCAACGUGUUCUACGACCCCAACAACUGCGGCUUCUGCGGCAACCGGUGCAAACCCGGUGGGUUCUGCAGAUACGGGAUGUGCGACUACGCGUCGUAGAAGAAGGAAGUUCCACCCCCCCCCCCCCGCAGUACGCGUCUUCCUCUCCUGCGCAUGAGCUUCGGAAGUAUAAGCGCCGAAGCUACCGCGGGAGAAGGAAGAACCUGAUGGUGGUCGAUACACACAAAUGUAGUAUUCUUGGAGUUCUUUGACGUUCGUUUGAAGUGAAGAUAAUUAAGACAGGAGGCCACCUUUGAUUUUUUUUUUUCUCACUUGUGAAAUGUUAAAAUUGUUUUUUUUUUCUUUCCUAUUUAUUUUUGAGGUGUUAACAUCAGUCACUUAAUAAUGGCAAUCAGAGCA